AUGGAAAAUGAAGACAUAUUGUCGAGAUUUCUAAUCGAACGAGAGAAAAAUCCUGAUAACAUGAGCUACAAGUACUUGAGAGACAUCAUGCUCAACUUUGUGAUUGCAGGAAGGAACACCACGGCAGGGACUCUUUCAUGGUUCUUCUAUAUGCUAUGCAAGCAUCCCAAUGUACAAGAAAAAGUAGCACAAGAGGUGAGAGAAGCAACCAAGAUAAAAGGCGAAGUGUCCGUCGACGAAUUCGUCGCAAGCCUAACCGAGGAGGCCCUCAGCGAGAUGCAGUACCUUCACGCAUCUCGGACCGAGACUCUCAGGCUGUACCCUGCAGUUCCACUGGAUGUCAAGCAUUGCUUCUCGGAGGACACAUUACCAGAUGGAUUCGACGUCAAGAAAGGAGACUUGGUAAACUAUCAACCUUAUCCUAUGGGAAGAAUGCAGUUCUUGUGGGGUGAGGAUGCAGAGGAUUUCCGGCCAGAGAGAUGGCUCAACGGUGACGGUGUAUUUGUGCCAGAAAGCCCCUUCAAGUUCCCUGCUUUCCAGGCUGGCCCUCGCAUCUGUCUUGGAAAGGAGUUCGCGUACAGGCAGAUGAAGAUCUUUGCUGCGACACUAUUGUGCUUCUUUAAAUUCAAGCUGUGGGAAGAGAUGAGCACUCCAUUACGAACUGAAACUAUGGCUCCAAAUUAG